GCGUCGCCGACACCAGAAUAAUAUCUAGCUUGCUAGAUAUCUAGAGCUGUCGCGCGACUCAACCUUCUAUGAUGUCAUGAGCUACAGCCAAUCAGAGCAAGGAAUGGGUUGUGGUCACCGAGUAAACGCUGCUUUCAAACACUGAAGAAGAGAAGAAGAAGAAGACGGAAGAACAGUACGCGGAAAAAUUCACAACAUGUCGUCAAGAAAGAGUUGGACUCAAGCAUUAGAGCAAAAUUUUAUCGAACUGUGGCAGGAGCAUGAAUGCUUGUAUGAUGUUUCUCACGAGAUGUACCACAACCGCGCUGAGAAAGAGAAAAGGUGGACGGAAAUAACAAACGCUCUAAACCAGCCAGACUUUACUGUUGAUGACAUCAAGACCAGGGCAGUAUCUCUGCGAACGCAGUACUGCCGUUUGAUGAAACCCAAACCAAGUGGGAGGGGAAACAAACCCUGGACUCCACGGCAAAAGUGGCUUCUGAGAGUUAUGGAUUUCAUAAAAACAUAUAUUGUCCACCGGCCAUCCAAAACAACACUUGGUGCAUCAUUCACUGAGCAGAGUGAUGCAGACGAUCUGGACCUCUCAGACAUAAGGCCUGAUACACCAUCAUUGGAUAGCUCCCCAUGCACUGCGUCCACCCCAAAUCGGUGCAGUGAAGAAGCCUCUCCAUCGUCUGAAACCGCUUCAACUGCCUCAGGUGAUAGUGGUAAACAGACGGGUCGGAACACCAAUAUUCAUAAGCAAAAGAGGGUGUCCGAAGGUGCUAUUGAGCUGCAAAAGCUCGAUUUGUUAAAGCAGAUGGUUGCACAGGUGGAUUCACAACCAACUAUGGACACAUUAAGUUUUUUUGGGAACCAGGUGGCUUUAGAAUUGAGGGACAUUCAAGACCCGGUUCUCGUAUCACGACUCAAGAGAAGCAUAAUGGUCCUCAUUUACAAUGCACAGCAGACUGAUAGAAACCGAUCAUUGUCGUCACCUGGACAACCUACCCCAGGCACAUUUCAACCGGUCAAUUCAGGUCUACCAUCGGCCCAGCCUACUUCUCAGCAGUCUUAUUAUGGCUCUGGCCAUGGUUUUCAUAGAUCACUUUUGGAAUCACAACCUGAUCAUGCCUAUGACUAGCCAUUGUAAUCAAACUGUAAAUAGUUGUUUUAUUUUGUAUUUUUAACACUAUUUUUUUACACAUUUUUAUUUAAAAACUUUUUAUUUUAUUACAGUAGUGCACUACUUGAAGGUACUUCAACUUGAAUGUACAGUGAUCCUUUCUCUGUGUUUAAACUGUUGAGUGCUACCGUGUUACUGUUGCUGGUGGACAUCAGCAUUGUUGUUGAGCUCCACACUGAAAAAAAUGAUUCUAUGCCUUAGUAAAUUUAACUUAAAAGAAAUUAUAAAAUUCUAUUAAAAAAAUGUAAAAAGUAAAAAUAACACACAAAAUUUAAGUUAAUUCUAAAUUAACAAAUUAUUGAGUAAAUUUCACUUAAUUUUAUUAUGUAAAAUCCACCCAAAUUUGUAAGAAGGAAAUUUUGUGUUGAAACUACUUGAAUUAUUUAAGUAAAUAUAACUAACUAGGCAGUGGGCUUGUACUUCCCAGCAUGCUUUGCAUGGGACUGCAUUUGGAGAGUAAAAUUUGAAAUUAAACGCUAUUUUUUUGUGUUUUUAACAAAAAAGAAAGACUUGUUAGUGUUUCAGGUUAAAUUACAUUUGAGAUUUAGAAGAGUUUGUGUUUCUGUUUUGAGUUUUGUGGUUACCAUCAUUCAGAAGAGUGGUGCUUGUGUAUAGACAAUAGGUGACACGAUGAAAAUCAUGAUGUAAGCAAUAACUGUGCUUAUGCCAGUACUGAGAUCUAUUGAGUCUCUUCUUACUUGCUCAACAUAAUGUGGCAGUUAAAUGUGAAAAGUUAAAUAGAAUAAGAGAUUUAAAAAACGAUUGGAUUAUUUUAGUAUGUAGAAAUUAAACCAUUAAAUUGAUUUGUUUGCACAUAAAUAAUUUUAGUGUACUGAACAUAAAAAAAUUGAGCAAAUUCUACUCAAAAUAAUUAUGAAUAUAAUUAAUCUGAAAUUACAUAUAAAAUAUAAGUACACUCAAUUGAUAAAUUAUAAGUACACUCAGCUUAAAAAAUAUAUCUGGAGUUAGAUAAAUUAAUUGUGUGCAUCUUCUUGUCAUAAUAAAAUUAAGUAAAUUCAACAUAACAUUUUUUUCAGUGCACAAUAAUCAGCACUGUUUUGUUUAAUGUGAACAUACUCUUUUUUUUAUAUAUAUACAUAUUUAUUACACACACGAAUAAAAACACAUUUUGAAACUAGCUGGCUGUUGAUUUUUUUUAAAGCUUUUAUAUUACAAAAUAAGGGACCUAAUUGACUGUUCAAUGUUGAUAAUUAAAUUACAAAGUAUCCUUCACAUGAUUUUGGUACUCGGUUUUGUUCAUAAAGCAUUUGCAAUAAAUGCAAAAGUUUUGUAUCAUGUAAAAGCUGACACUAAUUGACUAACAUAAAGUUUAUUGUAAAGACUGAAUUAUUUUGCUUGUGAUAAUGAAAACACUAGGUGUGAAACACUCUGAAAUACAUUUCUAAUUACUUUACAAAAUAAAUUUUAUACAUAUUAUUAUUUUAUAAAAACUAAUUUUGUCCAUAAAAUAAUCUAGAAAUGCACUUUACCUAAAGUCACACGUCUGACAUUGUUCUGUUUUCAAUAUAAAGAUGAUGCCUUUAAAACUCAAUUUUAUGAAAAGUCACUAAAAAUGCUAACAUUUGUUUACUCACAUCUUUGCAUUGCAUUCUUUUAAUGUAUUGUUCUACUGUUUAGUGACAGACUGGCCCAUUUAGAAAUAAUGUCAAAGGUGAUAUAAACAUUUACACCUAUUCAGAAGGAUUAUGGCCAUCUACAUCAUGCUUUUGUAAUUAUUAAAAUUGCUGACAACUAUCUAUUUACAGUGUUUUAAUCCCUCUUUUAUUUGAUUACAUGUCUCAUUUUACCACCUUUUACUUUGUUUCAAAUGCUUUUCAAAUUUACUUUUAAGUUACAGGUCUGACAUUGUUCUGUUUUCAAUAUAAAGAUGAUAAAUUUAAAACUCAACUUUAUGAAAGGUCAUGAGAUAUUUCUUACACAAAUCUAAAAAAUGCUAAAAUUUGUUUACUCACAUCUUUGCAUUGCAUUCUUUAAAGGAGCAUUUCACCCGUAGAAACAUUAAUCUUUGUUGAAAAAGUGUCAUAUUUGUAGUCGAAAUGUAACAUACAUUUAGAAUUUGGUGCCUAUUUGACCGAGAAAAGGGGUGUUUGUAGUCUCACCCCCUCAACAAAGAUAUUGGACUUUCUUCUUUCAAUGAUGCAAAAUUAUGAUUUUUACAUCAUUGAAAGAAGGAAUUGCAACACUGAAAUCUGUAUUUCUCCUGUCUCAGCAGCAACUGAGAACAUGAUGCACAACCAUUCAAAAACAUGACUGGGGUUCUAACUAUACAAAGCUUAAUGCAAAUGGGUGAAGUGUCCCUUUAAAUGUAUUUUUCUAUUGUUUAGUGACAGACUGACCCAUUUAGAAAUAAUGUCAAAGGUGAUAUAAACAUUUACACCUAUUCAGAAGGAUUAUGACCAUCUACAUCAUGCUUUUGUAAUUAUUAAAAUUGAUGACA